UGGUUGGUGAUCAACAAACAACGAUGAGCUGGUACCCCUUGACGCUAUUCCAGCUGAAAAGAGGGACUGGUAAAUGUCAUGUCCGUGAUGACCAGUACUACAGAAGGAAGCUAGACGUGGCCUCAGAGAGGGGCUUGGACAGCUUGACUGGGAUCCAGACUGCUGACCGACCUUGUACACAGGAGAGUAUGUUCCCUCUGGAAGAAAAAACUUGUAAGUCUGAACAGAUCUGUGUCCUUGAAUCAUAUGAUGGCCGUGAAGGGAAAGUUGCAUUGCGUCGUAGCAGGGCGCAAACAGAGGAUGGAAAUGGAGUAGAUAAUACAGAGGCGAGCAAAGCACAGCCUCCCACAGACAUCAGGACACACAGAAACAAGAGGAAGAAGAAGAGAGCCAGUAAAAACGCAAGAAACACAAACGUCACUCAGAUGUGCCCUGUAGAGAAGUCCGACAGCCUGGAGUGCGAAUCUGUGAAAAGUAACGGGACAUACACAGUGCCGCGCAGUGACUCGCUGUGCUCAGCUGCUAAGUCUGAGCUCCAUGUCUCGCCUCUCAGCUCCAUGGAAGAAGAAGAAAAAAAGUCUCCGAGAGAGCUGAGCCGGGCCAACACAGGGCUGUCAGCUGUCAAAUCCAGUCAGAACCAGAAAGCUUUAGCUGAAUUUGUGACGUCCAACAUUUUCCAGUGUGAAUGUAACCAUUAUGUCAAGACCUCAGACAAGAAUGGCAGAGACUCCUGUAAGUGCGGACGUGCCAUGACGUGGCAUCUAGAGAGGGGUUUACCUGUGGACAUGAACUCUCACAAGGAGUUUUGGCAUCCACAGAAUCACACCGAGAAAAUACCGUGCGACUCAUUCGGGGAGAUUUGCUUCCAGGGAUUUGGGAAUGAGAGCAAAGAGUCACCGUACCUGAGACUUGACCCUUCCACAGACCUGGACAAAGUCUGGACAGUGCUGACCAACUAUUGGAUGCUGCCCUACCCCACCUUGCUCAUAUCUGUGACCGGCGGGGCACAGACUCUUAACCUCAAAUCUCGCAUGCAGACUGUGUUCCAGCAUGGCUUACAUGCUGCAACCAGCACAGGAGCAUGGAUCAUCACGGGAGGGACGAAUGCCGGUGUGAUGAAGAUGGUCGGAGAAGCAGUCAGGGACUACCUGCUGACCGCAGACACCACAGAACAAGCCAAGCUAGUAGCCCUGGGCAUUGUGUCCUGGGGUGUUGUCGCUAACAAGGAUGCCUUGGAUGGGGAGGGGGACCGGGGCUUGUUUCCCGCAGUGUAUAACAUAGAGGAUAUGAAGGAGCGUGGGAGGAUGGCUCCCCUGGAUCACAACCACACCCACUUCCUUCUUUUGGACAAUGGCACAGAAGGGAAGUUUGGUCAGGAGAUCAAGUUCCGCUCAGCACUGGAGGAUUUCAUCAGUAACCGUGUGGAAACCGGUGUGGCAGAGGGGCAGAGUGUGAAUGUCCCAGUGGUACUGCUGGUUCUAGAGGGAGGACAGAACACGCUCAAGACUGUCUGGGAGUCUGUUCAGCGUAAAACCCCAGUAGUGGUCAUCCAGGGCUCCGGCAGGGCUGCUGAUAUCAUAGCCCAGGGAUACAGACUCACCAAGAACCCCUCCAAUGAGGAUGAGUCGCAUUUCCCAGCCUCAUUUAAAAGACUUUCCAUGGCACGGACAAAGCGUGACUUUGUGUGGGGUAAUCUAGAUGAUGCCACAAUAGAGCGUGAAGCAGGUGAAUGUGUCAAACAACUGACGGAGAUAUUAAAAGACCGACAUCUGAUCAAUGUUUUUGAUAUAGAUGAUGCUGAUUCUAAGGAUAUUGACAAGUGCAUCCUCUAUGCUCUGCUCAAAGCAAACAAGGCCAACCCUCAGUCUCAGCUAGCUCUAGCUCUCGCCUGGAAUAGGUCUGACAUUGCCAGACAGAAAAUCUUCACCCAUGGCAACCGAGCUCAGUGGCAGAAACUGAACCUGUACGAUGCAAUGUUCACUGCACUGGUGCAGGACCGUUUGGAGUUUGUGCAGCUGUUCAUUGACCAUGGUGUUGACCUCAAGCGUCUCUCCAUCGUGACACUGUGGAACCUGUACGCUAAUGCAGUGAAGGACCCCCCAAAUAACUGUGCUCAACUUUUGAUCAUCUGGAUUUCCUACUACAAUCAAAGUUGGAAUGACUACCUGUGCUGCAGAGUUGCAGAAAAGCCAAAGUUUGGGAAGGACCUUCUGGCAGACGUGGGUAAAGUCAUCCAGCAGCUGUUGGGAGAACAGGCCAGUAAUAUAUACGGAGGCAGAAGAUUUCUUGUUACUACCUCUUCUCACAAGCCCUCGUUGAAGUGGGAAGGAAAACGCGCAGGUGAUGCUACUGAUGGUGGUAAUUUCUCUCGACAUAAUGCCAGUCGAAGGAAACAGGGGAAAAAAAAGCAGAAGCUAGACUUUGAGUUUGCAGAGAGAGAAUUGUUUAUCUGGGCCAUAUUAUUGAAUCGCAGGAAGUUAGCGAAUCUCUUCUGGAAGCUUGGCAAAGAUCACAUUGGGGGAGCAUUACUGGCGGCCUCGCUCCUCAAGAACAUGUCUAAAGCAGCUGACGAUGAAGAGGAGAUAGAGCUGGCUCUGGACCUCAUGGAUCAUGCCAAUCAGUUGGAAACAGACCCCUUCCACUUUGAGUCCCUGGCCGUGGCCGUCUUGUCUGAGUGCUAUAACAAGGAUAAGCGUAUGGCUCACAUGUUACUGGUGCGAGAACUAGACUCAUGGGGGAAGACCACGCUAUUCUCCCUCGCUGACUCGGGAAUGCUCAUGGACUUCAUGGAGCACACCAGCUGCCAGACCAAACUCAACAUGAUCUGGAAGGGCUGUAUGGCCCAGUACACUCCCUCAUGGAAGAUCAUUGUGGCUAUGUUUAUGCCAUUGCUUGUGCCGGCCAUCAAGUUCACUGACAACGAUUCCCCGAUGGAGGACCUGGAUGAUGAUGAAGAUGUCCCUGAUGAUGAGCCUCAGGAAGAGGUGAUAGACACCGACCCAAGGGUCACUCAGUUAAGUGUCACCACUGCAACAAGGUCGCACCCAAUGACCUUCAGGACGAUGUUGAGUUUGCCCAUGUCAAAGUCCAGGAGUAAGCAGCGCAAGCGAGAGGUUCUUCCAUGUGGGACUCCAGGUGGUGAUGGUGAGAAUGGCAACAAUGGGAUCAGUCUCAUCAGUGCUGUGUACUACUUCUACACGGCUCCUGUGACCAAGUUUUACUGUAACCUGGUGUCCUACCUGACUUUCCUGGGGAUCUUCUCUGUGUUCAUUCUUACUGACUUGAGGCCAGUGACCGAAAGCCAAUCUCCCUCCAUACUGGAGUACAUUACCUGGGGCUGGUCAGCCACAUUGGCUGUAGAGGAGAUCAGACAGAUUUUCACGCGAGACCCACGCUCUCUGAAGUAUAAGAUUGCCAGCUGGUUUGGGAGUGAGUGGAAUCGCCUUGACCUGGUGAUGUACCUAUUCCUCAUCCUCUCCAUUAUUCUGCGCCUGGUGCUGAGGGGCAGCGCGUUUUUUUGGGCACGCCUUACCUACACUAUCACCAUCACCCUCUUUUUCCUACGCUCCAUGCAGUAUUUCUACGUCAACAAAAACAUGGGGCCAAAAGUCAUCAUGAUCAAAAAGAUGUUGACAGACCUGAUGUUUUUCUUCUUCAUUCUCAUCGUGUUUGUCGUCAGUUUUGGUGUUGCCUACACGGCCAACCUCUAUCCCAACUCUGAACUCUCCUGGAAUGUGCUAAAGAACGUGGUUUACCUCCCCUACUGGCAGAUGUAUGGAGAACUCUUCCUCGAGGAUGUAGAAGGUGACAUGCCUGAUGGUUCAUGCUCAUACAAUUCCACGAUCUACCACUCUGAUGAGGACAUAGAAAGGUGUCCACAGAAAACCUGGAUCGUCCCAGUCCUAGCUGCAAUAUACCUGCUUCUCACCAACAUUCUGCUGGUUAACCUGCUAAUUGCUAUGUUCAGUUACACAUUUGAACGUGUCCAGGAAAACUCUGAGAAGGUGUGGCGGUAUUACCGAUACUCUCUGAUCUUUGAGUACUACGACCGACCAUCAUUUGUGCCUCCCCUCAUCAUACUAACCCAUCUGUUCAGGGCUGUGAAGUUCCUCGUCAAGAGACAGAACAGUUCUCCCAAGAAGGCAGAUGCUUUUAGGCGGAUAUUCAGUCGUGAUGACAAUCAGAGGUACACAGCUUUAGAGAGGGCAGCAGUGGAAAAGUUUACAACCAAAACCUUGCUGUUUGAGAGGGAGAAGAUGGAUUAUAUGGUUCAGAGUACUGCAGAUAGACUUGAACAGGUGAUGGUUGAACUGGAGAGUAUCAAGGACCAGGUGCUUCAGGAGAGUGGUGAGCGAGAGGAAGACGCCCAACCUGUGGAGGUGCCUGCUCUGAACAGUGUUGAGCAUCCCAGGGUUCAAGAAGAAAUUGGGAAGCUGAGUAGACGAGUGAACCAGGUCAGUGAUCAGCUGAACAUACAAUCUGAGAGACUGGACAGUGUACUAACUCUGCUGGUCAGUAUGUCCAGACAACCUUCAGGAGGUCAACAAACGGGCUGGACAACACCCCAACAGUCUGCCAGUACAGGGACAGUAGAGAUCCAUGAACUACCUGGUAGUCUGCCUGAUGAUCAGAUGUGAUCCUCACUGACAACAUGACAACUAUGGAUCAGUACAGGGACAGUAGAGAUCCAUGAACUACCUGGUAGUCUGCCUGAUGAUCAGAUGUGAUCCUCACUGACAACAUGACAGCUAUGGAUCAGUACAGGGACAGCAGAGAUCCAUGAACUACCUGGUAGUCUGCCUGAUGAUCAGAUGUGAUCCUCACUGACAACAUGACAACUAUGGAUCAGUACAGGGACAGUAGAGAUCCAUGAACUACCUGGUAGUCUGCCUGAUGAUCAGAUGUGAUCCUCACUGACAACAUGACAGCUAUGGAUCGGUACAGGGACAGCAGAGAUCCAUGAACUACCUGGUAGUCUGCCUGAUGAUCAGAUGUGAUCCUCACUGACAACAUGACAGCUAUGUGUGAUAUAUUUUCAUUGUACAUGUUUUAUAUUUCAUGUUACUUUAAACUAUUUCCAAUUCUUUGUUAUAGACCACUUUUCAUUUUAUAUGCAUAUACAUAUACAUAUUCUGUAUGUAUUUUUUUUAUCCAGUCUUGUAGCCAAAGGUUUUAUCCAAAGAGAUGUUCACAAAUCUGAUGUCACAAUAAUGUUGUUAUGAGUGUUUUAAUGUUGGGCAUUUGGGAGAGAUAACGGGCUUCUGCAGGAACUCCCUUUUGUAUGUAAGGUCAAUGGUGUUUUUGUUGCAAAUUGAGUGAAGAAAAUGGACCUUAGCCUGGUAUUCAAAUUCUAAACCUGUAUUUGCCCCCUGUGUUUUAUCAGUUGUUUAUAUUUUGCGAGUUGUUAAUACAUUAACACCUAGUUUGUCAGGAGUGCCAUGUUGGAUGCACUCAAGUUGGAUCUGAUUCGUUCACUGUGUUUACACAUGUCCAGCAUUGUGCUGUCGUUUUACCAUGACUCAUAUGGUCCACAUAUGUAGAUCUGAUUGUUAUCUACAUGUAUUUAUUUAUGCAUUCACUUACAUUUAUAUGUAGUUGUGGUUUUAUUGUAUGAUUACACAUGACUGCAAGUAUGCUGUUGCAUAAGGUCUGCUGUUUGUAGGUCUCUUGUAAUCAUUUGUUACCAAGAGGUCUAUAAUACCUACAAACGAGCACAUGUAAGCCAGAUUUUGUGAUUUUAAAACACCUGAGUACCUGAUAAUGGCUUAGGGUAUUAAUCAGUCAAUGAUUACUGAGAAAUGGGGCUAAAGUUACCUCAUAUUAAUGAGCCAGUCAAAUUUCUGAUGUAAAUGGGUUCUUAAUAUGUGAAAUGAAUGUUACUUUCUUUUAAAAAGUUGUUCCACUGUUGGUGGACAAAUUUCUCUUGAAAUUUGUGUCCACAAAAUGAGACACACUCUCAAAUGCUCUUUUUUUAGAUAUUGCCUUUUAUUAAUGUGUAAAUGCAAUAAGAAAAUCAAAGUUAUAUUUUGUAGGUGUGGGCGAAGUGGUUGCGCUAUCUUUGAAUGAUACAAAAGAGUUUUAUGAAUUUUAGUUCUUAAUGAUGUAUUUGUUAAGAACAAAACUCCCCAGGAUUAUUUUUUAACAGUGAUUUACCAGAUUUUUAUCAAUAUUGUCCCUUGUACGUGAUUUUGAUAUCAUGUUCUUGAAACUGUUCUCUGGGAAUCAUGGGCUGUAGAUGCUGUAGAUAACGGCGUUAUCAGCUCAGAGACCAGGAAAUGCAGCUGGUGUUGGCAGCCAGUAACCCGAAGGGGGUACAGAAUGUGUAGUUAUAAAUGCAGGAUUUUUUU